AUGAAAGUAAAGCAGAUCCUUGGCAGAAGCCAGAAAUUUGGUCCUUGGACCUGGCUUCUCAGCAAUUGUCCCUGAGAGGGAAGAAUCCGUUGGCUCCUGGAAAUAGACUGAAAGCACCCAGAGCUUCCCCACACCUUCAGAUUUGCACCUUGCUGCCCAGGAGCUUUCUUCAGCUAGCCUUCCUUCCCAGUCCACUAUGGCCAGUUCCAAUAGCAGUGCGGGCAUCCGGUGGUCCAGACAGGAGACUCGAACUCUUCUCUCCAUACUAGGCGAGGCAGAGUACAUUCAACGCCUCCAGACUGUGCACCAUAAUGCAGAUGUCUAUCAGGCUGUGUCUAAGCGAAUGCAGCAGGAAGGCUUCCGCCGCACCGAACGUCAGUGCCGCUCCAAGUUUAAAGUUCUGAAGGCAUUAUAUUUAAAGGCAUAUGUUGCCCAUGCCACAAGUAUGGGUGACCCACCACACUGUCCAUUUUAUGAGACGUUGGAUCAGCUUCUCCGAAAUCAGGUAGUGACUGACCCAGACAACUUAAUGGAGGAUGCUGCUUGGGCCAAGCACUAUGAUCAGAACUUAGUGGCCUCUGACACCCCAGGAGAAGAGGGAACCAGCAUUCUGAGAGCAAAAAGGACUCAGGCAGCAGAUCAUCAGCCUAUCUCGAAAACAGUUAAGGAUUCAGAUGAGGAUUGUCAACUGAGAAUCAAUGACCAGAUGCGAGAAACAAGUGACCUUGAGGACUCCUGGGAUGAAUCCUCAGGUGCAGGGUGCUCUCAAGGGACCCCCAGCUACAGCAGUUCCCACCACCUUUUCAGAGGUGCAGUUGCUCCCUGUCAGAGCAGCCCCAUGACCAGACUGGGUGUUUCCGGUGAGCCCAGUCCCUGCACCAGCACCAGCCGAAACACUCCUGGUGUGGCCUCCACACAGCAGCCUCCAAUCUCUUCCGGAGUUCCUUUUUCUGGUGGGGAUAGGCCUUUGACCAGUGAGCCCCCUCCAAGGUGGGCAAGACGAAGAAGGCGGUCAGUGGCCAGGACUAUUGCAGCUGAAUUGGCAGAAAACAGGAGAUUGGCACGAGAACUUUCAAAGCGUGAGGAAGAAAAAUUGGACAGGCUGAUUGCUAUUGGUGAGGAGGCCAGUGCUCAGCAAGACACGGCCAACGAGCUCCGCAGGGAUGCCGUGAUCGCAGUCAGACGCUUGGCAACAGCAGUGGAAGAAGCAACUGGUGCUUUUCAGCUAGGGCUUGAAAAAUUGCUUCAGAGGUUAAUUUCAAAUACCAAAAGUUAGGAACUGAUUAUAAAAACUGGUGGAAGCCCAGAUCCAACACUUGCCUUUUGGUACCCUGGCUCCUUUUCUUUGUUCUCAGAAAAAGGAGUGGAUGAGCCAUUAAGUAUGCAGAGGAGUAGGAAUAUACAGGCUAGUUGCUUUUUCGAAACUUCUCCACUAAUUGAAAGACUUCGAAAAUGUGAGAGGUAGCCUAAUGGAAAACGACAAAGCCAGGUCCAGAAAGCUAAUUAUCCUUCGCGUUGUCUGCUAUGAGGCAAUUUAGUUUACCUCUCCACACCAGUUUACUCAUCAGUAAAAUGGGAACUAGGUAACGAUUCCGGAUCUGCCUACCUCACAGGGAUGUUGUGAGGAUCAAAUGGCUAAUAGAUGUGAAAGGGUUUAAGGGUUUAAAAGCACUAUACACAUGUAAGUUAUUAAUGUAUAUGACUUGGGCUGAGGUAAGGCAAGGGUGAGGCACAUUAGUUGACAAGAUAUAGAAUUAUAGUUGUAUACCAUGAUGACCUCAUUGCUUGAAUAUUUGUUUAACUUGACUGCUUUCUGAAGUUUCAAGUCUUCUCUCUUUUUUUUAAUCCCUCUGUAGCUCAAGACUAUAGACACAACAUGUAUUUGUACCUUUCUCUCAUUUUUACUGCUGUGUCUCUGACAUACCUACUAGUAAGCACUCAAUAGUGAACCCAUUUUUCCCUCCAUUUUAAUAGUUCUUAGUCUCUAUAGGAUAUAAUUCAGAACUGACAGAAAGCCACAAUCGUGUUAUGGUUCAUAUUGAUAAUCUGAUAUAAUGAGAUAUUGGCUGUUUUAUAAAAUAUUAAAUCUCCGAUGACCCACAGGCUCAGAAAUACAUCACAGAAAGUAAAUGU